AUGAACAUACAUCCGUCGCGGCAAGCUUAUGUGGAGGAAGAGGAUGGCGUGAACGGUGCUAUGGAGGGCAUUGACUAUGCCAAUGUCCGAGGAGGAAACGAGCAGGCGUCCACCUUGAUGGAAGAGUUCGACCGAAAAAGAAGAGCUGCAGCGUUGAUCGUACCCACGGCGGAUCGCGAUGUCAAAGCGAAGCUGCGCUCGAGAGGGGAGCCAAUAACACUUUUUGGUGAAGGACCUGCAGACAGACGCGACAGGCUGAGAUCACUGUUGGCAGAUGCCGCGGAAGCUCUGGGUGAGGAUGCGGCAGAUGUGGAAAUGCAAGAGGCGGACGGGGCACCUGGUGACGAACAGGAGGAGUUCUACACUCAAGGCACGCCAACACUGCUCGACGCGCGACGCGAUAUGGCGCGCUAUUCACUACCACGAGCCAAAGAUCGAAUCGCAUACCAACGGCGCGAAGCCACGAUUCCGCUCAAGACACACAUCGAGUUCCGUAACAAGAUCAAAGAUCGCUUGAAAGGAUUCGAGCUAUACGGCUCCCAGACUGCGGACCGACCCGUCAGUAUCGUACGAGUUUCGCCAAAUGGCCAGUAUGUUGCUUAUGGGACGUGGGGCGGAAAGGUAGCCCUUCUUGAGAUACCUAGUUUGGAGCAAAAGAAGGCAUAUCGUGGCGGUCACACGGAAAGAGCAACGGGAAUCGACUGGAUGCCAGCAAUGUCUCGACUUCCCAGCGCGAACUUUGCGUCAGGUGGAGCGGGAGGAAAAGUUCAACUGUGGUCACUUGACGAGGACAAGCCGUUGCGUACCUUGGAGGGCCACACUGACCGAGUGUGUCGCGUAGCAUUCCACCCAUCAGGCCAGUAUCUCGCCUCGGCCUCUGAUGACACAACCUGGCGUCUUUGGGAUGUGAAUACAGGCCAGGAAUUGCUCACACAGGAAGGCCACUCAAAGGAGGUCUACACCGUGAGCUUCAACGGAGAUGGUUCCCUGGUGGCCUCUGCAGGUCUCGACAGUAUUGGCCGCGUCUGGGAUAUUCGAACCGGACGUGUCAUCUACAUGCUAGAAAGCCACAUCAAGCCCAUCUAUGGCCUGGACUGGAAUGCCGACGGCCAUCGUCUUCUCUCAGGCUCGGGAGACGGCUUUAUGAAAUGCUGGGACGUAAGGGCGAUGAGAGAAUCGAAUUCAAUAGCGGCAAACACAGGAGGUGUGACCGACUUGAAAUGGUUCAAGGGCACCGAUGGCCCAAAUAGCGGCGUCCCCAUUCAAGAGAAUGCAGAGGGCGAGCUCACACCUAAGAAGGCGUCGACUUUCGUCGUGUCAUCUGGGUUUGACAAGAAUAUCCAAAUAUUCUCUGCUGACGACUGGGCACACUGCAAGACUCUACAAGGUCAUUCUGGUCCAGUCUUCAGCACCGACGUCACCAGUGACGCUGCAUGGAUCGUCAGUGGAGGAAAAGAUCGUACCAUUAAGUUAUGGUCUCGAGACGACAAUGAAGGAAUAUGA